AAGAUUUUUAAAACAUUAAAAUGUGUAGUAAUGAAACUGUAUAGCAUUUUUUCUCUAAUUUAUUUUAUUUAUAUGAAAUAAAUUUAUUUAUAAAAUUAGUUUAUAGAAUAUUAUUGAUACAUUUUGUAUAAAUAUUGAUAUUUUUUUUCCAGUUUAGCUUUAUGUGGAAUUGUUUGGCUCCUGUUCAUUUCUAUGUUUAUUUCUAAAUAUAUAAUUAGUUGGAACUACAUUAAUACUUAAUUGUUGCUCAUUUUGCUAGAAGAGGCUUAUACAGUCACAGAAUGCUAUCAAGUGUUAAUUUAUCUUCCUGAAAAACUAAAUGUAGAGUUUUGAGUCAUCAAUUGAUUGAUGUAAAGAUAAAUAUUCUAUAUACAAUGGGGUUAUAAUAUUUAAAAUAUUUCUCUUAUUUGUUUAUUACAGCUUGGAAAUAACCAUACAGUGACAAUGGGAAAGACAAAGAAAAGUGGGAAAAAGCCUUGUAGCCCUGCAGUUAAGACAGCCAAUUCACUAAAACAGAAAUAUGGCACUGGGAGUCUAUCACCAGGAAAGUGUCUACGGGCAAGACGUGCAUUGAUUGAUGUGCAAGAAAAGAAGGCUUCAAUCAGGCAAGCAGCUAAAACGCACUCACUGUCUGUAAGUUAUUUAAGAAGGAGAUUGUUUGGGGAUGUGUCUGUUGACAGCAGAAAUGGGCCAUCGCCAGUGUUCAACAAAAAGGAGGAAGAAGCAAUGGCAAAUUGGUUGCAAGAAAUGGCUCAGAGAGGUAUGGGUUUGAAGCCAAGUGAAUUCUUAGACUUUGUCCAGAACACAGUUAAGAAAGAAAAAAGAAAAACUCCUUUUGUAAAUGACAGACCCUCUUACAACUGGUAUAAGAAAUUCAUGUUUAGAAACAAACAUAUUAUAGAGAUGAGAACAGAAAAACCGCUUGAAUCCAGUAGAGCAAAACUUACUCGUAUAGGUAUGGAUGAAUGGUAUUGCAAUUACAAGAAAUUUAUGAUUGAAAAUGCUUUACUGCAUAAGCCAGAGUGUAUAUAUAAUGCAGAUGAGACUGGUUUUAAUUUAGCAAGCAAGGCAGGAAAGGUUAUAGGACCAGUGAGAAGCACUCAAAAUACAUCUGUACCUCAUGUAUCUGGGGGUCAAAGUAAACAGCGAAUUACUGUAAUGUUUUGUGGCUGUGCUGAUGGGAGUAUGGUUCCGCCAUUCUUAGUAUAUCCUGAACCAAGACCUCGUGGAUAUUCAGCGUUAACUGGAGGAAUAGCAGGUAGUGGUAUAGCAUUCACAAAAAAAGGCUGGAUGGAUUCUGAAGCUUAUGAAGACUUCCUUAAACACUUCGACAAACAUGCUUGCAAAGACAGGCCUGUAGUCCUUUUGAUCGACAGUGUAAGUAGUCAUAUCAGCCAGGGUGCAUUUGAAAUGGCAAAGUCAAAGGGAAUACUUUUAUAUAGAAUUAUACCGAAUGCAACACAUCUAAUGCAGCCAUUGGACAAAGGCGUUUUUGGACCAUUGAAACAGUCCUGGUACAAGGUUAUGAGAGCCCAUGCAAGAGAAAAGCCAGGUGUAGCUAUAGGCAAAGACACCUUUUCAGAGAAAUUGAAAGAGGCCUAUUUGCUGUUCUACAAACCGCUUACUGUUGUCAACAGCUUUAAGUCAUCAGGAAUAUACCCUGUAGAUAGUACAAAGGUAAGGGAUUCAGAUCUGAAACCAGGUUUUACGUACACACAUACUGAUGAUGAGGUAGAGGAAUCAGGAAAAGCACAGCAGACAAAGUCUUCUCAAGAGGAGCUUGAUGCACAGGGUGCUUUGCGUGCAUUUGAAAAGGCAUUAACAACACCAAUUAGAAAAAAAUAUAAAACACGUAUGGAAGAGGGGUAUAAUGUUGUAGGGGAGUCUCCAUGUUUUGAGGUUUACAAGAAGCUUAAGUUUGCCAGUGAAGGUCGAACCUCUGAAACAUCUACUGAAAAAGAACCUGUUGGAAACACAACUGAUGCUCCAUUAUCUGGAUUAGAAAUUCUUGCUAAUACAGCAUUAAGUCAUGAAACUGCCACAACAUCUUGUGACCAAUCAUUAGAAGACCCUCCCUCUGAUACUGUUGUUUCCCCAGUACUGGUUGAAUCCCUGGUACUGCCAAAGUCAAUAAAAACAACCAAGAUGCAACCAAAAAAACUAUUAGAUAAACUUCCACACCACCUUACAUCAGAUGAAUGUCUUCGAACAAUGGCCUUACGUGACUUAUCAAAACUCAGAGCUCAAGCAGAGAAAGAGAAAAAAGCAAAGCUUAAAUAUUUAGCGGCUGCUGAGUCGAGCUGUAGUAAAAGAAGCAAAUCUAAACAUAGUAACAUUAAGUCAAAAGCAUCUAAAAAGGCUGAUCUUUCAAGGGCUGGUACAAGUAAAGGCAUUGGAAAGACAGAAGAAGAAAAUGAAGAUGAUGUGAAGUGUGAAGGUUGUGGCAUGACUUGGAAAGAAGACCAAGAACUUGGUCUUGGAAAAAUAUGGGUGAACUGUGACUUCUGUAAUAAGUGGCUACAUACAGAUUGCUGUCUAAAUGAAGUUAACAUUGAAAGUGAUGACCCUUUCUGCUGUCCAGAAUGUAAGAAUGAUUUACCAAAACCAAAUCAAAUUUGUUCUACCAAAAAAUUACAAAUUCAUAUUUCAUACUUGCAUUUUUUCAAAAGAUGAUUUCUUAGAAAAGGUAUAAAUUUCUGAUAAAUUUAUUUGAAUCAAAACAUGUUUAUGUAUCCAGAUAAAACCAGUGCAAAGGGAAACUUAUUUUUUCAAACAAAUUUUAGUUUCUUUCAGCUGUAUUUAAAAAAAAACUAAAGAAGUUUGCUAUUUGAUAAAUCCCUUAUACAAUUUAAUGUUGAUAUAUGAAUAAAUAUAUAUAUACUUUAACUUGUAGGUGCCAAAUGAAAAAAAUGAGGAAUGUACAGAAGUGUUGGUAGGUCAGUGUGUAAUUAAAGGCUAUCACUCCUUCAAAAUUCGACCUCCAAUGAUAGAUGAUGCCCCCUUAUUAACUGUAGAUAGAGAAUAUUGUAACAUUCAUGACAUAAACGCAUGCUUGGUAUGGCUGCCUGGUUUAGAGGAGUAUAAAAGUGAGUUUCAUCAAUUAGAAACAGACAAAACACGCAAGCUGAAACUUAAUGAUAUAGCUGGCCUGCCGAUAGGUCAUGUCCCACGAGGUUUAGGUGGAUGUUUUCGUGAGAUACUUGACAGAAAGGAUUUAAUAUAUGCAGAGGUAACUGGUGAACCCCGGCCAAGUUUUCCACCUUGGCCAGCACCACAUGAGACUGGUGGUGGUGCUGUCAUCCCUUGUAGUUACAUAAUUAAGUGCAAGGAUGUUUCUACAACCACAGCUCUUAUUAGAAAUGCUUUACAGGAAAUGGAAGAGAAAACAGUCAUGACUGUAACAAGGAGGUGUUCAAAAUAGUUAGUCUAAUGUAAAGAAAACCGUAAAGCUGACUGUUUCAUUUUGAUAUCAACACAACAAUUUAAAAUCUUGAAACUUGUAUAUGUAUAUAUAUGUAGCAUUUUUAGUUUAGCUCAGUGGUGCUAUUGUGAUAACCUUUCAUUUUCCUUAGGCCACACUUAAAAAAUUGUUUGUUUGCAGUAACACGACCCAAGAUUUUUAGUUUGGGUAAGUAGGUUGAUUUUUUUUUAUAUGUAUAUUUUUUAGAAAGCCUGUAAAAUUUUUGGGUAUAAGUAUAGAAGGAAUGGGCUAAAAAAAGCUUUUGGGUAGGGGAUGAUUUUGGUGAGUAGGUAGCGUUACUGCAAACAAACUAUUUUUUAAGGACAGCCUUAACCACAUAGUAUUUUUCAUUUAAACUUUUGAAUGGUAUCCCUUGUGUUGUGGUGAAAUAUUUUUUGCAUACACACUUGUCGCCAUGGUAUUCAUCUCAUAAUUACAUGUUGACCUGUACAAAGUUUGUGCAAACCAUGGUAGUCUGAUUAAUAUCUACAAUUUACAUACCUCCAUUUAACAUGUAGUAUAACAUUAACAUAACUUUAAUCUGUCUAAAUUUACAGCUGAAAGUGAGCAAUUAAGACCAUCAUUGUCAUAUUUUUUGAAAGCAGUUGAUUUUGCAUUAUUUUUAACAUCUGGUGUAAUUAUCUUUGUGGAUAGUCACUUGUUCUAUGUUUUUAAUUGUGACAUACCUAUAGAUCAGAGAAAGUCUGCUGGUUAAUUCUUAAGAAAAUGUUUAUUUUGUUGCUUUUAUAUUAAAAAGAAAUGUUGCAUGUGACUGGUUAGAGAUUAAUUAUCUCCAUACAUGUGUAAUUAAUGGUCAGCAAACGGGUUGAGGUUGUGAUAUUCAACAUGCAUAUUAGGUAUUAUUACAGUAUUUUUAUUUUCAUAUUUAUUUUCAACAAGCAGUUGUGAUAUUUGUACAGUAUUUUAUUUUCAUGUUCAAAUAACCCACAGGUGGUACAGUAUUUUAACUGCAGUCCUUUCAGGAAGUUUGUUCAUUAUUGGACUUGUGGUAAUAUUCCAGAAUUAAAAGAAAGCUAUGGAAUAUUUAAAUUUAUCUUUGUGUUGUUCUUUUUUUAUCAUCAAAUGUAAGUCCAACUGAGAACACUAACUUCAAGUGGUAUUUAAAGUUGAAACAGGACUAAUUUUAAUCUGGUUUGUCUGUAAACAUGUUUUGAUAGAUAAAUAAUAUUUUGAGAUGCCCCCCAAUAACAGAGGUUAAAAAUAAUAUCAAAGAGGGCGCCACAUCCGGAACUGCAUCCGAGGUCACGGAAAUGCAUCGUUUGGUUACAGCGGAGUCGAGCAAAAUUUACAUUCUUCUUUACAUCAGAUUUAAUUUAAACCGUUUCAGAAAGGUAAAAGAAAGAUUUGUUAUAACAAAAAUGACCAAACUUUCUCCAACAAUAAAGGUUUCAUGCUGUAUGCAGACAAAUAAUCAAAAGUGGUACGGAACCGCAUCAUAGACUG